UCCUUGGUGAUACUGUCGUGAUAACCGGUAGAGCUUGCGUUUCACUGCCGUGGACCUUUUUCCCUUUUCUGUGCUUUCAAGGUCGAUCUUGAAAGACAUGAUGCAAGCCAGUCUUUGGAACCUGGUGACUAAUUCUGUUAGGCCAACAUGCAUAAAGCGUGUUCUUCCUGGCAUGACAGCUGCCCAGCAGCGCAGGUAUGCCAGCACUUUGGACGCAGAUGUAGUAGUAAUUGGGGCUGGCCCUGGUGGAUACGUAGCAGCAAUUAAAGCCGCGCAAUUGGGCAUGAAGACUGUGUGUGUGGAGAAAGGUACAACUCUGGGAGGCACGUGUCUCAAUGUUGGAUGCAUUCCAUCGAAAUCGCUUUUAAACAAUUCACAUUAUUAUCACAUGGCACACAGUGGGGAUUUGGCAAACCGUGGAGUUGUAGUAUCAAAUGUUCAGCUUGACCUCAACAAACUUAUGGAACAGAAAACGAACGUGGUGAAGGCCUUGACCGGUGGAAUAGCGGGUCUGUUUAAGAAGAACAAAGUCGAGUGGGUUAAGGGCCAUGGAAAAAUUACCGGCAAGAACCAAGUCACCGCCUUAAAUUCCGAUGGAUCCGUGGAAUCAACCAUCAAUGCCAAAAAUAUUUUGAUAGCGACCGGUAGCGAAGUCACGCCUUUCUCCGGCAUUGAGAUCGACGAGAAACAAGUUGUCUCGUCGACGGGUGCAUUGUCGCUCAGUGAAGUCCCCAAGAGACUCAUCGUCAUCGGGGCUGGAGUCAUUGGAUUAGAAUUGGGCUCAGUUUGGCAAAGGCUGGGCUCUGAUGUGAUAGCCGUUGAAUUUAUGCCGUCGAUUGGCGGUAUGGGUAUUGACGGGGAAGUAAGUAAAACCAUGCAGAAGAUCCUCGCCAAGCAGGGUCUGAAGUUUAAACUGGGAACGAAAGUCACGGCCGCUAAUAAGACUGGCGGUGAGAUCGUCGUUUCCGUCGAAGACGCGAAGGAUCCUAGCAAAAAGGAAGACUUAGCGUGCGACGUGUUGCUGGUGUGCGUCGGCAGGAGGCCGUACACAGACAACUUGGGUCUCGAAGAUAUGGGCAUUGAGAGAGACGAGAAGGGAAGGAUUCCCGUGAACAAUCGAUUCCAGACGGUAGUGCCGAGCAUCUACGCCAUCGGAGACUGUAUUCACGGACCAAUGCUGGCUCACAAGGCCGAAGACGAGGGCAUAAUCACAGUGGAGGGUAUUGCCGGAGGCGCAGUUCACAUCGACUACAAUUGUGUGCCGAGUGUGAUAUACACGCAUCCGGAAGUGGGUUGGGUCGGCAAGACGGAGGAAGAUCUGAAGAAGGAGGGCAUUGACUACAAAGUCGGCAAGUUCCCGUUUAUGGCAAAUUCUCGAGCGAAGACGAAUCUCGAAACGGACGGCUUCAGCAAGGUGCUCGCCGACAGUAAGACAGACAAGAUUUUGGGCGUGCAUAUGAUUGGGCCGGCCGCAGGCGAGCUCAUUAACGAGGCUGUUCUCGCGAUGGAGUACGGUGCCAGUGCGGAAGACGUCGCACGCGUCUGUCAUGCACAUCCAACGUGCGCUGAGGCACUCAGAGAAGCUCAUUUAGCAGCCUACUUUGGCAAACCCAUCAACUUUUAAGUUUCUAAAAACGAUAAAAGUAUCAUUACAUUUAGUCCAUAUUUUCAUCGUGUGUUCAGCGCUAAAUGUGACUAUCUAUUAACUUUGCAGAGAAUAUAUCGCACAGAUAGACAUGUUUUAAUGAAUUCUACGCUAAAUACGCGAUAAGAAUGUGACACCUUGACUUCUCAUCAUAGCCUCGAUCUAGUCUACGUAUCCACGUGACACAAACUGUAAUGCAUAUUGUGCAUCGCUGCUUAAUUACUUAAGGGAUUGUAAAUAAAAGUUGAAAACCAUUAUGCGAAGGUAAUAAUAAACUUAUCUUUGCCAGGUGUAUUUAUUACGAAUAAAUGAAAGCGGUAUUACGACCGAACUUUCUAAUUCUAAUUUUAAAAA